CCAGGGUGCUGAGGGGCCCCGGGGGGGUCGCAGAGCAAGGGCGGGAUCCUGUCCAAGGCCUGCGACUACAUCCGGGAGCUGCGGCAGGGGCAGCAGCGGCUGCAGGAGACGCGGCGGGAGGGCGAGCGCCUGCGCCGCGACAACGCCCUGCUGCGCCAGCAGCUGGAGGAGCUGAAGAGCGAGAACGCGGUGCUGCGGGCGCAGCUGCAGCCGCCCCCCCCCGGCGCCGGGGCGCCCGACGGGCCGCCCUGAGCCCGCCCCCGGCACGCGGGACACGCCACGCACACGCCACGCACACGGGACGCGCCACGCACACGCCAACGGCGGGGGACGCGCUGCGGACAUGCUGUGGGCACGGGGCGCGCCGUGGACGUGCCGUGGACACGGGGCACGCUAAGGACAUGGGACACGCUAAGGACAUGCUAUGGACACGGGACGUGCUGUGGACGUGACGUGGACACGGGACACGCUAAGGACAUGCUAUGGACGUGGGAUGCGCCGUGGACGUGUGGUGGACACGGGACACGCUAAGGACAUGCUAUGGACGUGGGAUGCGCCGUGGACGUGUCGUGGACACGGGACACGCUAAGGACAUGCUAUGGACGUGGGAUGCGCCGUGGACGUGUGGUGGACACGGGACACGCUAAGGACAUGCUAUGGACGUGGGAUGCGCCGUGCACGUGUCGUGGACACGGGACACGCUAAGGACAUGCUAUGGACGUGGGAUGCGCCAUGGACGUGUGGUGGACACGGGACACGCUAAGGACAUGCUAUGGACGUGGGAUGCGCCGUGCACGUGUCGUGGACACGGGACACGCUAAGGACAUUGGACACGCCAAGCACAUUCUAUGGACACCGGACGUGCCGUGGACACGGGACACGUUACGGACACGGGAUGUGCCGUGGACGUGUCAUUGGCACGGGACAUGCUAAGGACAUGGGACAUGCUGUGGACAUGGGAUGCGCUGUGGCUGUGUCAUGGAUAGAGGACAUGUGAAGCACAUGGGACACGCUAAGGACAUGCUGUGGACACGAGAAACACCUUGGGCACGGGGGACGCGCCAAGGACACGUCAAGGACACAGGACAUGCCACGGAUGUGUCACGGACAUGGGACACAGCAAGGAUGUGGGGCGCAGGACACGCCAUGGACACGCCAAGGGCAUGGGACACGUCAAGGACGCGGCGCACAGGACGCGUCGCGGACAUGAGACGCGCCAGGGACAUGCCAGGGACGUGGGACACGCCAAGGACACUCAGGGGACACCGUGUCCCACGCUAAGGACACGGGACACGCUUGGGACGUUGGACACAUCAAGGACAUGGGUCACAGGACACGCGAGGAUACGGGACACGCUGGUGACAGAGGACAAAGGACACGCCAUGAACACGCUAAGGGUACAGACAUGCCAGGAGCACGCCAAGGAGGCGGGACAUGCCAAGGACACGCUAGGGACAUGCCAGGGAGAUGAGGCACGUGAAGGUCACGGCAAGGACAUGGGAUAUACCAGGAACAUGCUAAGGACAUGCUAAGAACGCACCAGGGCAGCAGAAAAACCCCAAGGACCCACCGGGGACACGGGACAUGCCAGGAACAUGCCAAGGACACAGACAUGCCAUGGACACGCCACGAACCGGCCCAUGCACGCGUGUGUGUGUCCCGGACUACCCAGCAUGCUCCUGAAGCCGUCCGCACACGCGUGUGCGUGUCCCAGCUGCGGGCACGUAUCUAUGGCGACGCGUGCACACGCGUGUGCCCGUCAUGGCUGCGUGCGCAUGGCCCCAGAGCGGGCCGCACACGCGUGUGCGUGACCCGGCCACGUCUGCCUGUCCAUGCUGUCGUCGCACACGCGUGUGCGGGUCCUUCACGCCACGCGCACACACGUGCGUGUCCCGGCCCUGUCCGUGCACCGUCGUCCCGUGUGCCCGGUCACGUGUGCGCGCUCCCCGUGCCGCCCGCACACGCGUGCGCCUGUCCCCAUUGCGUCCGCGUGUCCCUUCCCCCAAGCGCACACGCGUGUGCACGUCCCGGUCCCGUGUACAUAUCAAAUCUGCCACGUGCACACGCGUGUGCGUGUCCCCGUCGCGUGUGCGUGUCCCCAGUGAACUGUGCACACGCGUGUGGGGUUCCAGGUCCCCUGUGCACACGUGUGUGUGCGAAUCUGGUCCCCUGUGCACACAUGUGUCCGAUUCCCAGUCCCAUGUGCACACGCAUGUGCAUGUCCCGGUCCCGUGCGCACACACGUGUGUGUGCCCUGCUCCUGUGUGCACACGCGUGUGCGUGGCCCAGUCCCGUGUGUGCAUCCCGGUCCUGUGUGCACACGUGUGUGAGCCCGGGUCCGGUGUGCACACGCGUGUGCACGUCCCGGACCCACAUGCACACGCGUGUGCGUGUCCCGGUCCCGUGUGCACACGCGUGUGCGUGUCCCAGACCCACGUGCACACGCGUGUGCGUGUCCCGGUCCCGUGUGCACACGCGUGUGCGUGUCCCAGACCCACGUGCACACGCGUGUGCGUGUCCCGGUCCCGUGUGCACACGCGUGUGCGUGUCCCAGACCCACGUGCACACGCGUGUGCGUGUCCCGGCCCCGUGUGCACACGCGUGUGCGUGUCCCUGCCCCGUGUGCACACGCGUGUGCGUGUCCCGGUACCGUGUGCACACGCGUGUGCGCUGUGCCCCCCCCCCUCCGCUCCCCAAAAUCGCCCGUUCUGGCCCCGAAACGCCGCCCCCCCCCCCCCCCGCGGUGACGUCAUACCGGGGGGGGAGGGGCGGGCGGCGCCGCCGGCCCCGAUUCCGCCUCUUUUUUAAGGAAAACCGAAUUAUAAUAACGAUGACGACGCUGA